CCACCGCAGCGCCAGGGAUUGGGUUUCCGGUUCUGAUCUCUCUUCCCGUGAAGGAAAAAAGAGCUUCGUGGCGAUACUGAAAAUAAUUAACCAACUUAAAUGCUCCACCGUGGUUGCCUGCUUUUCAGUUAGUUUUUGGUGGCUGUUAAACUCGUUUUUAACCGAAGAAUCGGUGUUGGUGGCGGGAGAAGCGUGUGAGUGGAUCAUGCCGAGUAGAGCAGUGGUGUUACUGGAGUCAAAAUGGCGUCUGCUUGCCCACUCCACUGUCGUUUAAUCCAUCUGUGAUUAGCCCGAUAACUUGGACUCAACAUACCCGUGACCAUUUCCCAGCGCUUCGGUUUGCCACAGAUAAAGUCGGGGUACGUUUCUGCGCCAUGUCGGACUCGGAGGAGGACAGCCAGGACAGGCAGCUGAAGAUUGUGGUGGUUGGAGACGGAGCGUGUGGGAAGUCAUCACUCGCCACCAGGUUUGCACAGGAGGCCUUUGGGAAGCAGUACAAACAAACCAUUGGCCUGGAUUUCUUUCUGAAGAGAAUAAGCCUUCCAGGUAAUUUGAACGUGACCCUGCAGGUGUGGGACAUCGGAGGCCAAACGUUAGGAGGGAAAAUGCUGGACAAAUAUGUAUAUGGAGCUCAUGGGGUUCUCCUGGUUUACGACAUCACCAACUUCCAGAGCUUCGAGAAUCUGGAGGAUUGGUUCAGCAUGGUGAAGAAGGCCAACGAGGAAUCUGAUGUCCAGCCUGUCAUCUCCCUGAUUGGGAACAAAAUCGACCUGGAGCACAUGAGGACGGUGAAGGCUGACAAACACCAGCGUUUCUGCCAAGAGAACGGCCUCAUCAGUCAGUUUGUAUCGGCCAAGACAGGAGACUCGGUGUUCCUUUGUUUCCAGAAAGUGGCUGCUGAGAUUCUUGGUGUAAAGCUAAACAAAGCAGAAAUAGAGCAGUCCCAGCGUGUGGUGAAGGCAGACAUUGUGAACUACAGUCAGGACACCGUGGCCCGGACAGUCAACCCCCCUCGCAGCUCCAUGUGUGUGGUGCAGUGACCACCUGCAGCACACACACACACACACACACACACACACACACACACACACACUUACAGAUGUAAAACCAUCUUCAGUCAGUAUUCCUCUUUCAGGGUUUUCGGGGUGACUGGGUGAAAUGUGUUGGGAGUGUGUGUUCUCUGUGUUCCUGUGUGUCAGUCGUUGGGGUGAGAUGAAGAACAGACUGUGUGGUUUUUGAAGCCUUGGCCUGUAGUUUGGAUACUGAGCAGGAACGAUUUCUUGGGUGUUUCUCCAAAAAGGAAACGGGUCCUCCGUUUGUUCAAGUUUACAUGCAGCUAUCAUUUUAUUUCUAUGACUCAUCUUAUAAAAGAAUUUAAGCGAUUAAAUUUAUGUGUUAGUAUGAAGCUGGUCGUUUAAAGGAGAAAGACUGUAGUCACUGAUUACUUCUGUGAUCAGGUACAAUAUUUUUAUAUACGAGUAUAUUUUCCUCUGCCAUCUGUUUUAAUUAUUAGACAUGCUGCAGUAUAUUUCUAAAGAAAACAAUAUCAACAUCUGUGAUAUCUGUUUCCUUAUGACCAUGAAAUGAUCCAGUGUAAGGACAUAAACAGGGAGGUGAAACCAAAUGCUCCCUCGUACAUUUCUUUUUGAUAUUCUGUUAUGUCUGUGGUGCUGCUCAGAUGAAGGGAAAUAGGCGUUAACAUGCUCUAGUGGACUGAAAUGAAUCUGUUUUCAAUUUGCCAAUUAGGGGCUUGCAGUAGCAGUGCUGUGAUGUGAACUGUGUUAUGUUACAUAGAAAUAUUUCAACUCUACAUUCAUAAAUCGACAUUUAUAUUUUAUAUUCCUUAUUCUUCAGAUUAUAUUUGAAUAAUUUACAUCUCUCACAUAGUAUAUCCGUUCUCCAGAUGUUACUUUUAGAGUCUAAAUUUGCAUUUAGCUUUAUAUUUUCACACUACGUGACAUUCCCAGGUUUGUCCUGUUAGGGGACAGUUCAGAUGCUGUGUUGAUGAAGUGUUGAUAGAUGAAUCUGACUCAGGAAAGGAAGUACCCGACUGUCGAGCUGAGCACGAGCUGAGCUGAAUGAUGUACCACAUUUCAGUAGAGACAUUUCUACAUAGCCUUAUUCGACUGUCCGUUAUAGAACAGAAGUUUGCUUCGAAGAAAGGCUGUGAGGCAUGAAAUGCUUCAUAGGAUCUUCAUGUUGACCACAUUUUAAUAGCCUGUCUGACAGUACGUGUGUCGUUAGAAUCAGCUGAGAUGUUGUAUGUUUGUCAAAGUGGUUUCUACAUGUCGGCAUGAUGGGUUUUAAUGUGGCGUCCUCCGAAUGAACAUAUCUGCCAUAUGUGUAAAAUAUGUGUUUGUACAAUAAAGGCGACACCUGCUCCAUUUCAAAGCUCCUUUCAUGUAAAUUCAGAUCAUGUAAACAAAAUGUAUGCUUAAAAAAAAAAAAAAAAAAAA